AUGGAUAACCCACCAAAAGAUAUUUGCAUCCCUAAAGAUUUUGCUCAUAGAGGACAAAAUGGUGAACAUUUAUUAACAAAUUCUCGAGUCUCCACUAAAAGUGGCUUAAAGGAAGAAACUUUUAAUGACAGCAUAAAUCCUUGCGAAGAUUUUUACGCUUUUUCUUGUUCCACGUGGCAAACAAAAAAGUACGUCAUAUCGUUGGAAUCUGAAACUGAACAAAUUACCCAAAUUAGUAAGAACAUGCUUCAUGAUUAUUUAAUGGCAAACGAUACAACUCGGCUUAAUUCCAGUUUUAAACAAAAUGCUGCCAGAUAUCAUCAGUCUUGCAUGAAAAGAUUUGUGUUACCGAACAAGGCCUUUACAUCAAAUUACAACUACUUUUACGAGAAUAUAUUGGCAGGAGAUUUAUGGAAAAAUGUUUCACAAUAUUUGAAGGCCAAGAAAUAUGACUCCAUUAGACGAGAUAUUAUCGAUCACAUUAAUUUAAAUGUCAAAGGUUGUCGAGCAAAAUCUGGGAAAACGGUAGCAACUGCAUUAUGUUUCCCUUUCCAAAAACUUUUAUCACAAAUGGGCAUAUCAUCUGCCUUGAUAUAUAUCGAAGUUAUAUCAUUGGUGUCCAAUGAAAUCGUUAUAUCUAUUAAACCUGGCACUCCUAGUAUUAAUUACGAGCAAUAUUCCGACCCAACUACUUUAGGAUUAUACGAAAAAUACGUGAAGAACACAUUGAGUCAUUUCCUAAGAUUAAAAGGCUAUGAAAUAAACAUGGUUAUCGAGUUCGAACGGAAUAUCAGUCGAUUUAUAGAAAUCAAUGAAAGAAUGGGUGACAUUCAUGCAAAUGAAAUUUUCGACGUAGCCGAUUUAAAUCAAAGAUUUCCUUUUAUGGAUUGGUCAAUGUAUCUAGCCGACCUAUUUGCAUCCUACGGUCUUUCGUUUAAUCCUCAAACCAGAGUUAUUAUAAGCGAUAUCGAGUAUUUCGAAAGAUUACAAAAUUUGAUAUCCUCUAAUCGUCACAAUACCCAUUUUUUCAAAGCCGUCAACGAUUAUUUGAUGUAUUCUGUUCUCCGCGAGUGGAUAUUAUUUUUGCCCCACAAAUAUCAAACCUUCUAUAGCAAAGUUUCCCAUUUUCUCGCAUAUUCGAAAAACAAUAAACCUGUGAGAAAAUAUUGUUUUGAUCAAACAGAGAAAUUUUUUCCAAACGCGAUCGAAAGCAUGUAUCUGGACAGAGUUUAUAAUCAGAAAAAGGUGUCCUUGGUUAAAAAGAUCAAGUUUACAACAGAUCAACCCAAUACAGUAGUUGAAGACUUUUCGGUUACAUAA